AAUAUUCCCGUUGCUUCUUCCCACCCGUCCUCAUCAUCACUACUCAACCAGCCAUUAGCAGCCUCGCAGCUUAACGAUUUAAGUGUAGCUCAGCUUUGUUUAAGAAAUAUAACUAGCACCGCUGAAAUUCUAUCUGUCAGACGUCGCUGCCUCAUUGUUCGCUGUGCUUCUAUAGACUUGUGUUUCCAGCACCGGGGUGCUCCUUGGGGAGAAAAAAGCGCCUACUGGGCUUCAGUACGGAAAAAAGAGGUGGAGAAGAGGACCUAGCUAAGUCGGGCGUGGUAAAAGAAGAAAAAACACAUCGUUGUUAGCAAAACUUACAAAAAGGUUGCACCCACAAUGUCGCUGUCGGUACCGCAGAACGGAGUAAAGGCGGAUAACGAACCCGUUAUCGAGCUGUUUGUGAAGGCGGGAAGUGAUGGCGAGAGCAUCGGGAACUGCCCUUUCUCCCAGAGGCUCUUCAUGAUCCUGUGGCUGAAAGGAGUCGUCUUCAACGUCACCACAGUGGACCUCAAGAGGAAGCCUGCAGACCUCCAGAACCUGGCCCCCGGCACCCACCCACCCUUUAUUACCUUCAACGGUGAGGUCAAAACCGAUGUCAACAAGAUCGAGGAGUUCCUUGAAGAUGUCCUCUCCCCACCCAAGUACAUCAAGCUUGGUGCAAGACACCCCGAGUCAAACACAGCUGGUAUGGACAUCUUUGCCAAGUUUUCAGCAUUCAUCAAGAAUUCAAAACCAGAUGCAAAUGAAGCUCUGGAGCGUGGCCUCCUGAAGACACUGCAGAAGCUGGACGAGUAUCUUCGCUCACCUCUGCCUGAUGAGAUUGAUCACAACAGCAUUGAGGACGUCAAAGUGUCCAACCGCAAAUUUUUGGACGGUGAUGAAAUGACCCUGGCUGACUGUAACCUGCUGCCCAAGCUGCAUAUAGUCAAAGUGGUGGCCAAGAAGUACAGAGGCUUUGACAUCCCCAAAGAGAUGACUGCCAUCUGGAAGUACCUGAACAUCGCCUAUACGCGCGAAGAGUUCACCAACACCUGCCCCAGUGACCAAGAGAUUGAAAUAGCCUACGGAGACGUAGCCAAGAGGCUGGUCAAAUAAGCUCCUCUGCCAUGACCUUCUUCGUCCAUCCCUCAGCCUCUAACCCCCACCCCUCCCCUCUCUACACGCCUCCCCAGCACUGGGACUGAUGUGCUCAUUCACGAGAAAG